UCAGCUGUUAACUAUUGUGAAAACCAUUGUUACUUAUAUUUUAACGUUUUGUUUAUCUUAUCAAAAGCCGUAAAAUUAACGCCACAUAAGCACCGUGAGAGUGUACAACAUAUUGCAUUUAAAAAUAACAUGGCAGAAAAAUUCGAUUUGGUUUUGGUGCAUGGAAACUUCAAGGGUUCUUUGUGCAAUGAAAACAAGGAUGUUGACUUGAAACUGUACCUGGAUAGUUACAAAGAGUUGAACAAGUUCUUCACAUUGAUGGGUACAAUGUUUGGUUUUGUCAGUAAAGACCUCAACUCAAAAUUGGACAUACUGUCUGAGCUUCAUAAAUCGGAUAAUGAAAACUUUAGCACUGUCAGGAGAUUGAUAGUGUAUGAAAAGGAAUCCAAUUUGCUGGAAAAGAAAGGGUAUGUGUCUGGUAGCAGGACCUUAUUGAGAUUACACAGGGGAUUAGAUUUCAUCAGGUUGUUUUUGAAGUAUGUGAGUGAGCUUCAGGAUGAUCAGAAUACAGGUGAUGUGUGUAGAACAGCCUAUUGCCAAACACUUGAAAAGUUCCACUCCUUCCUGAUUGCCAAAGGCGCUAAAUUAGCUAUGUACACCAUGCCUAUUAAAGCAGAUUUGAUGAACAGAGUUUGUGGCAAUAACGAAGAAGCGUUGAAAACUGCAAUAGAAAUACUACCUCAGACUUUGGACGUGAUCGCCAUUGUUUAUAGAAUCAUUGAUGAUCUUUAUACCGAACACGAUUUACACGCGUUGCCUUGAAUGAAAUUAUUAACGGGACGAA